AUGUCAGAGAAAUUUACAGAUACCAAAACUAUCGAACCAAUCGUAUCCUUCACCAAGGAUGAUUUAGAGUCGAAAAACCUACAUGUCUUGGGGACAAUUCAGUCGCCAAGUGGGAAAGAAGUUGCGAUCACCAACAAUGUGGAUCAGGCUAUGAAAUUUGUUGUUGAGCAUCAAGACGAUCUAGUUGAAAUAUCCGAGGCUGAAGAUCGGAAAUUGUUGAGAAAGAUUGAUAUGUUUAUGUUGCCCAUCAUGUGUUUACUUUAUUGCUUCCAAUUUAUGGAUAAGUUGAGUACAAGUUACAGUUCCAUUUUGGGGUUGAGAACUAGUUUGAAUAUGACUGGUGACAUGUAUAGCUGGACUUCAACAUGUUUUUAUUUGGGCUAUUUGGUGUUUGAAUUCCCAGCUUCGUUUUUGCUUCAACGUUUCCCGGUUGCCAAAACAGUUGCCGUUUUCAUCAUGUUAUGGGGCAUGAUUCUUGCAUUAUGCUCUGUACCGGAAUAUCCGGGGUUCAUCGCCUUGAGAACUAUUUUGGGUAUGAUGGAAUCUUCAGUGACACCUGCUUUUGCAAUUAUUACUUCACAAUGGUACAAGAAAGACGAACAAUUUUUGAGAACCUCGUGGUGGUUUGCCUCAAAUGGUAUAGGUACUAUCGUUGGACUGGCCAUCGCUUAUGGUUUGUAUGAAAACCAAGGAUCGUAUACAUUACCCGCUUGGAAAUUGGUGUUUGUUGUUACGGGAGUUAUCACAGUAUUUAUGGGUAUCUUGAUAAUGAUUCACAUUCCAGACACACCAACGGGUGCAUGGUUUCUUAAUGAUCGUGAAAAGUUAAUGGUUGUAGAAAGAAUAAGAUCUAAUCAACAAGGUUUUGGUAAUCGUCUGUUCAAAAAGCAUCAGUUUCUUGAGGCACUCAAAGAUAUCAGGACUUGGCUUUUCUUUUUAUUUGCAUUAUCUUCAGAUAUUCCAAACGGAGGUAUUACAAGUUUUGGCGCCAUUUUGCUUAAUGAAGAUUUUGGAUACUCAACAUCAAAGUCGUUGCUUAUGAAUAUGCCACAGGGAAUGGUGGAAAUAGUUGGGUGUGUCUUGUUUGCCUACUUGACCAAAUUCGUCAAAUCCAGAAUGUUGAUGGCCAUUGCAAUCACGGCCGUCACUGUUAUGGCCGAGUGUUUGUUGGCAUUUGCUCCAACAAAAACUGGAAGGUUAACCGGUCUCUACUUAUAUGCACUUGGUCCCGUUGGCUUUAUCUGUUUAAUUUCACAAGUCUCAUCCUCGGUGGCUGGCCACACAAAGAAAGUCACUGUGAAUUCUAUAAUGUUGAUAGGUUACUGUGUGGGUAACCUUAUUGGCCCACAAACUUUUAUUGCAAAUCAAGCACCAGGAUACCAGGGAGCCAAAGUUGCCAUUGUUGUUUGCGGUAUUGUAUCAUUGUGCUGUUUGAUUGGCAUUUAUGUUUCUUAUUACUUGGAUAACAAAAAGAGAGAUGCCUUACCGCCAGUUGAUAUGAGCCAUAUCGAAAAUUACGAGUUUGCCGACUUAACAGAUAAGGAGAAUCCAAACUUUAGAUAUGCUCUAUAG